AUAAUAUUUUAAAAAUAUUUUUAAUGUCAUUAUAAAAACUUCCACAAAAAAAAAUUAAAAAAAUUAUUUAAAAAAAAUUAAGACCAAACGUAAUUUAUUUUUAAAAAGGAAAUAUAAUAGAGGCAAUAUUACAAUAAAAAUUAUGAUUUAACUUGAAAUGGAGCAGUAUCUGAUAAAAUAUUACUUAAUAUGUCUAUUAUUGUAUAGAUAUUGAAAUAAAACCUAAUAUUAAUUAAGAUGGAACUUGAUUGCUUAAGGCAUAAAAAAUGUCUUGGGCUUUCUUAUCUGUCAACUAUAGUUAAAUAAUACUGUUUCCGGUUUGUCACUUUCGUUUUCGGCCAUUUUUUUUUUUUUUUUGAAUUUUUAGACCCGUUCUGGCCAAAAAUAACAUUGUUAUGGCCAUCUUAGAGACUUGAAAUUUUACAUGGUGAUAUUUUAUACAAUUUCACAGGUACACCAGGUCGAUUUAAAAUGGGACAACGAAUAGUUUUCAAAAUAUUGAUAAAUUAGACUUAGCUGCUUUCUCACAUUUUUUUUUAUUUACGACAUACUGAUAUUACUGAAAACAAAAUGGAUGUCGUUAAAGCCCGUUCAUUAACGUAACUAGAACAGUAAUUCGUUCGUUGAUCCGACGUUUCUAGCGCGAAAAAAUAAUUUUUUAGUGAACCCUAUCAUCCAGCACACCCAAAAAAGCGUCUCAAAACCCUAUGGGCCGCGAUUACGUCAAAAUAGCCUCAUAUCCAAGUACCUAUGGAGUGGCUAUACUAUGCGGACCCGGAGAAGAGUGAGAGGUUGGGUUUAUUAAAAAAAAAAUAUUUAAAUGUUAUUGUUGGGUUUGUAAGACUAAGACAAAAUUUGGUAUCAAAUGAAAGAUAAUUGAAUAGAAUAUAUGUUAUUAAACUUCUUCAGUUUAACUAAAAUAAACUAUGACAUAUAAUAUGAUAUUCGAAUAGCAUUUCAUUUAGUCAUAGUCCCUUAACUCUUUCGCUGCGGAAUUUUUUCAUUAAAAAAAUGUACAUUUUUUUCGAAGAGUGGAAAAAGAGUGAGAGGUUGGGUUUAUUAAAAAAUAUUUAAAAUAUUAUUCUUUGGUUUAUGAGACUAAAGUUAGUAUCAAGUGAAAGGUAAUUGAAAGGACUAUAUAUUUGUACACUAGUUUCUACAGUUUAAAAAAAAUAAGUGACACGAAAGAACCAUAAAAUGUGAAAACAUUUUAUGCUAAACCAUUUUUCCCCAAACCCAACGAUGUAAGCAUACCUCAUCUUCAAUUCUAUAACUAAAUUCCUCUAAAACUACUACCAUCGGAAUCAUGCGAUGCAUCUAAAUAUAAAUCAUCUUCGCUGUCAAAGGAAAUAUUAUAAAACAAUUUCAAAGCUUUUUUAACUGUUAAUCGUCUAGGAAAUUUAUCUACCAGAGCCUAGGGUAGCCAUAGCAACAGUAAAAAAAAAAAACCGCGAAGAAAAUCGCCAAAAUAAUGCUUCAAUUGACAAUAAAUAAGCCUUGGUUUCAAUUGUAAACAAUGAAGUACCACUCUUCUAUGUAAAAGUCUUAUUUAAAAAUAACUCUUAAAAAGUUUAACCGAGAAAUAGCAAAGAAAGAAACAUGAUAUUGAAACAACGCACAGCGCGUUGGUCUGUGCUUUUGAGAACGGCGGAAGAACGCAGUGUGCGUUGUUCCGCAUCGAAAGAGUUAACAAUAUUAUUUUUAGUAUUUUUUAAUAAACCCAACCUCUCACUCUUGAAUCCCGGGCACGAAUAGCCGCAGCCUAAAAAGUAGGCAAAGUAAAAGUCUUAAAAAUUAUUAAAUAGUAAAGUAAAUAAAAUAUAACACUGACUGACUAAUCACUUAGUCUUCGUCUAAGUUAAGAGGUUACUAAGACUUAAUAAGUGUAAGUUAAGAAGAGUACUAAGAUUACUGAAAGUAAGAAGACAACUAAGACUUGUUUGACUUAAAAGACCUAGACUUAAAAUUAACUUAAAACUAAAAAACUUUUGACUUUUUAUUCACCUAGGCUAAAGCGUCGAAAGAUUAGUCAACUUAGACUUAACUAAGAGUUGAUUUUUAUAAAUAGGCCAGACUUUAACUCCACUCUCAUUUGUUUCUGAGUAGGCCUACUUUAAUUAAAAUAAUACUACUCAUUAUUACUCAUUAUUACUCAUUAUUAAUAAGUUAUAGUCAACCUUUGAUUGAUGUGGUUGUUAGCCAACAUAUAAAUACAAUAACAAUAUACUGUAUAUUAUACAGAUGACAAGGUUAGCGUGUAGCAGCUGACCUUGUCAUCUCACCCCCAGCCCCCCAGUCUUGUCAGCCCUAGCCUAAGUAAACUCUAAACUAAACUAGUGAAGUGUGACUAAUCCAGCAGUUUUAAUUUUAUUAAUUUAUUAAUUAAUAUUAUUAUUAUUAUUUUAAUCUGAACUAAUCUAGGUGAGGUCUCUUACUUGUUUUGGGCUAUCCAUUUAGAUGACUUAAUAUUUCAUGCAUCAGAGAGGGGGGGGGGGGUCUCAAAAGUGUGACAAGUUGUGACACAAGGGAAGGGGGUAAAGAUCUUGUGUGACAUCACACUUUUUUUCAUUUCUGAUCAUACAUUUAAUGCCAGUAACUGUAAACAUGCAGAAGAGAGGGGGGGGGGGUCUCAAAAGUGUGACAAGUUGUGACACAAGGGAAGGAGGUAAAGAUCUUGUGUGACAUCACACUUUUUUUCAUUUCUGAUCAUACAUGUAAUGCCAGUAACUGUAACAUUACACUUAAGCAAUGGCUAUUAAAAAAUCAAUUGUAUUUUUUAUAUCUGAAGUGCUAUUUUUCCCAAAAUAUCAUUGUGGGCAGUAAAGAGAGAGCCACUGGGUUCAGCUGGUAUUGAAAAAGAGGGUGGGGGGUGGGCUGUUUUCUUGUUGAUAUUCCAGACUGACAGGCAAUCACUUUACAGGAGUGUAUAGUCUGGCAGAGUGAUAUAUUCUACAACAUUCACUUAUGGUCUCAGACUGAUGGGCAGCUUAUGCAAACAUAAAUUAGUUCAGACACGGAAAGUACAAACACUCUGUUGUGGUUCAUCAACAUACCUUUGUUGAUCCAAAUGAUGCUGUCACUGGUGUCCACACACAGAAUGUAGCUAAUAUGUGGAUGUGCAAAAACUGAAAAGACAGUUUGGCACCAGCCGUGUUCUUAUCACAUAUUCCCUUUAUUGUUGUCCUGGGGGAAAAACUAUGUCAAACUUUCCUUAGGCUACAUGUUAUAUUCUUUUCAUAAAUUAAUUUAGUUAAAUUUUUCUAGUUUAAAAAAUGUUGUCUUUGUAAGAAUAUUUAUGAUCCAUGUGCUGAAAUUAAUCUGUCCAAAAAAUACCAACCUUUUCAUUUAUUAGGAUUAAUAAAAGAAAUUUAUCUUAUCAAUAAUAGAAUAGCCAAAAAACUAUCAUGUCAAACCCAAAAAAUAAUUUUUUUAUAGCCAAUACGAAGUGGUAGAUUACCCAUACUACCUGAAAUUGAUUAGGAUUUUGAACUUUCCAUUGUGAUAGAUGGGUUCUGACAGAAAUGUGUGAUGCAGUCCUUUCAUUUUUAUAUUUCUGACAGAAGAUGUCACUUUCAUGAAUUUCAUAUUCAAGUGUGUCGUAGUUAAUUUUUUUAAAUUUAUAAAAAUUGUAUAGUUUUAAAGUGUGACAUACUGAGUUUUUGACAGAUUGUGACGUGAAGCGGAAGGGGGUAAAACUUUUCCUAAAAUACCAUGAUAUACAUGAUAUACUUUAUAGAAGGCCCCUUGUGUACUGUGACAUACUUUAUAGAAGGUACCUUGUGUCUUUAAGCAAUCUUUAAAAAAAAAAAAAAAUUUAGUGCUUCUAGUCAUUCCUAAAUGGCAUAGGCCUAAUAAAUUGUUUAGUCUAGUAGCCCUUGAGAUUAUUACUACACAGAAGAUUUCUUAAACUUUAUGUACCGGUACUAUGAUUAAUUUAAGUAAUACAGAUAAACCCUGUUAAAAAAAAUUAAAAUUGAUACUUUCAAGUUAUUUUAAUGUUUGAAAUUUUUGUUGUUUCUGUACAGCACUGUACAGACAUCUGCAUCACAUUUCACAGCAGUGAUUUGUGACUGUUGAACAUGAUUAAUAUUGGUGUUUAAUAAAUUCUCUCAGAGAAAUUGUAUUUGAUCACAUACAAAAAAAGAGAAGAAAAUUGGUCAACAUUUGCCACUGCUUUUAAUAAUCAAAAGGUAAAAAAUGUUUAUGGAUAAAUUCCAACUGAUCUAACUGAAUUAUUUAUUCGGCUUAUGGUUGUAUAAUAGGCCUUUAUCACACUUCAUUUUCAUGAGACAUACCAUACUCCUGUUCAAGGUUGUACUUAAACAAUGAUUCUCUUUUCAAUUACAGGUUGUUUUUAAUAUAGGGAAACCACAAGCAAUAAUUUAAACUGAGCUGAUAAACAUGGCUGAUAUAACAAGUGUUUCAGACAGAGCGAGCGACACGGAUGAAGCUUGCUGUGACAUAUUACAACUGGCAGAGAAGACUGCGGCAACAAAAAGUGACAUAAUUAAUGAUAAUGGUAAACAACUGAAUAAAACCCCACCUAUAUCUUGUAGCCAAAGCUUGUUGAAAUUUAGUUCACAUUGUCAGACAAUAACAGAGAGAAGUGUUCACUGCCAACCAAAUCAUGAUGAAAGUGUCUUUCAAAGCAAGAGAGACAAUAAUUUGGAUGGAGUUGUAAAGGAUGAGUUUGAUAUUUCUUCUGAAGAGGACGUUUGCAGAGAAGUAUACAGGCCUGUCAAAAGAAAGUUAAGUGGUACAGACACUGAACAAAAUAAACAUGAACAUUGUGACAAUCCAUUUGUUCAUUCUUCUGAACAGAGCCCUCAAGCACCCUGUAGACUUGUUAAAAGAAAAUUAAAUGAAGUGGAGUGUGAGAAAACUUUAAUAGAAAAAUGCAAAGAACCAUUUGACCUUUCUUCACAAGAAGAUGGAUCUCAAAGUCUAUACUCACUUGUUGGAAGGAAUUCGGAUAGUGCAAACCAUGAAAAGACUGUGGCCCAGAACUUUAGAGACCCUUUUGAUCUUUCUUUUGAUGAAGACAGCUCACAAGAAAAAUAUGUUCCCCUCAGAAGGAAAUUAAAUGGAACAAGAAGUAAGCAUAAUUCUUUAGAAAAAGGCAAGGAUCCAUUUAAUCUUUCAGUGAAAGACAAAAGCUCACCACAGCCACACAGGACUGUCAGUGGGAAACUGAUUGGCACACAUUCUGACAAGACUUGUGUAGAAAAAUGUAAAAAUCCGUUCGAUGUGUCACCUGAGGAUUGUUUUCAAGAGUUAUGGGGCUCUGUUAAAAUUGGACCCAUUGAUCCCAACCGUGUGAAUAAUUCACAGGAAAAAUUAAAGGAACCCAAUGAUGAAGAUUUUCCACAAGACAGCACCGCAGCUAAAACAUCAGUCAAUGACAACGAUGCUGAUUCUCUGAUAAGGAGAUUAAGUGGUGCAGAUUGUGUAAAUGGUUUAGUGGAAAAAUCUGGUCAUCCAUUAGAUCUGCCAGUGGAAGAGGCUGAUUCACCAAAAAUGAACAUACCAGCUGAAAAGAAAUUAAUCUGGGAAAGCUCUGAGAUCACGGAUCUGAGACAGAAGGAGGACAUCAACGCGGUUGGACUGUCCAGUGCAAUACAAAGACAGGAGGCGAGAAAGCCCAAAAUGGUUGCGUACAUUUACAGUGACGAGCUGUUGGUAAAGACAAAUAAACUUAUUAGGAUAGAAGGAAGGGUAGGUAAAAUUUAUGGUUUAAAACUUUGCACAGUUUAGAAGGCUCCAUGAAAUAUUGAACUUUCAAAUUUACAAGCACUUGACUUUUUUAUGACUUUGUUUUUUUAAUUGUAAGUCGCAAACCAUCUUUGUUAAGCACUGUAACUCAGAGUAACUGUAACUUAAGUCUGAUGGCUAUUAGUCUUAUUUAUAGGCUGAACUUGUUCACAGUCUGAUCAAAGCUUAUGGAAUAUUGCACUAUACAAAGUGAGUCAAAUUUCUUUUAUUAAUAUUUUUAUUAUUAUCAUUAUUAUUUUUAUUAUUAUCAUUAUUUUUUAUUAUUAUCCUCAUUAUUAUAAUUAUUUUUAUUAUUAAUAUUUGUAUUAUUAUUUUUAGUAUUAUCAUUAUUAGUAUUAUUUUUUGUGCACAUUGGUCAACUUUCUCUGUCUUUUUUAUGCACUUUACAGUAGUGCUGCUGAAAUUUAUUUUUACUUACAUAGCAUUUUCAAAAAACUGUUUUGGCCUCUCACAUUUGUAACCAAUGGAAUUGUGUUCACAAGAUUCCUAAUUAAUAAAUUUCUAAACAAGUAACCUACAUGUUCUAACACAUAUAACUAAAUUGAAUAAGAUUUGAAGGCCUCGACUUAAAUCUCAGAGGAUAGUGAGGCAAAGAAUUGGUUAGCAAAAUGCUUAAAAAGUAAGACCAUCACCAAGCUGAGUAUUCUUGUGAGAAUGAUUCGACUGAUGGAGUGAUAUGAUUUUUAAAAACAAAAAUAUCGUCCUUAGGGUGAUAGCACCACGCCCGGCCACAGAGAGUGAACUGAUGGGCUUCCAUAGUCUGGACUACAUCAACUUUCUCAGGGCUGUCAGUACAACGACAGACAGUGAGGAGACUCAAGAGAAAUCUCACGGUGAUGUAGAGGACUAUGGACUAGGUAAAUAACUGAAUGCUAAAGCAACAGAAAAUUUCAUUGUCUAUAAUUUAAUCAGUUAGUUAAUGUGAGGUGUUUACAAAAGAGCCCUGAAAUAAGAAGAAAGGUUGUUGUCAUCCCAAUCAGCCAGUAUAUGGCCCAAAAACAAACUAAUUUGUUUCACCCCCUGGUCAGAAUGACUGUCAUUCAACCUGCAUUGGAAAGCUGGCAACAGCAGGUUUCAGGGCCAGAGGAAGGCUGCACCAUUGUUGGAUUGACUGUGUUGGGGGCACCCUAAAAAUCCACACCAUGUGUCUCUGGCAGGCCUCACAUUUUGCAGCAACAGUUGAAUUAUACCGCUCCAUUGCGCAUCCCCGGUAAAGGCGGACAGGAAAAGAACAAAAACAAAAGCAAAAAAACUGUUAGCAUACAGGGGAGAAAAAAAACACACUUUAUUGAAAUAGAUAAAUGACUAUCUCUAAAAGAAAAUUUUGUAAGAUAAGCACUGGGAGAAUUAAUACUGGAGACUCUGUGUACAGCUGUGAGGGAAAUGUGAACCGGUACAAGCAUAAAGUUUAAAUAUUGUUUUUAAAAAAGAUUUUUAAUUCAAAAAAUAAUAUUUGGGUUUCUCUUAUUCUAAAAAUAAAAUAAAUUGAUGGGAAAAUAUUAUGACACAUAAAGUUAAUGUUUUUUUUUUCUUUGUGCUUAAUUUUUCAAACAGGCUACGACUGUCAAAUACAGAGUGAAAUUUUUGAAACCACCAGUUUGAUCUGUGGGGCAUCCAUUGUUGCGGCUGAGAAACUGCUGGAUGGCUCAGCCAACAUAGCGAUAAACUGGUUCGGUGGAUGGCAUCACGCAAAGAGGUAUUUAUUUAGAGAACGUGCUUCUUUUUUUACAAGUCUAUCGGGGAAAGCAAAAAUGGAAAUACAUUAUGAACACAAUCCCUUAAAAACUGCUUAAAGUUAUUCUUACUUUAUAUUGCUAGCUAAAUAUCUAUCAGCAUUUCCAUACCUUUUUUAUGAAAAUAAAAAAAUUGUUUAUGAUGUUAAAGAGCUUGGACAGGUUGAUAAAUUACAUAAUUAUUAGUGUUCAACCUUGCAAAAUACAUGACACCUGAUUGUAAAAAUAAAUACAAAAGCAAUGUUGAUCUAUCAACACCAUUUUAGCAAUGUUGAUCUAUCAACACCAUUUUUUACUUCUCUUUUCUAUCCUGAAUUAUUCUUUUGAUAAUUGCCCUGCAUUAACAUCUUUGCUUUCUAGAGACAGUGCUUCUGGUUUUUGCUACCUCAAUGACAUUGUCCUGAGCAUCCUGAAGCUGAGGGAGACGUUUGACAAGGUGCUUUACGUUGACCUUGACCUGCAUCACGGUGAUGGUCAGUACAACCGAUCCAGUGAUUAGUUUUGUGUCCCUCAAACUGACCACAUCAACAGCAUUAAGUUAAAUCUAUUGUUAAUGAAAAUCAAAAUGAAGUGUCGCACUCGAGGAACAACAUUUCUUGCCAUCUUGAAAUUUUACUAUAUCAUCUUGAACACAUCCUCUUCAGAAAUUUUAGAAUUUUUAAAAAUUGAAUUAAUUUUAAUUAGCAGCUUCAGAACCUAAAGAUUAAUUAAAAUAUUGUAGGAAUACAUGGAAGCUUAGUUAGAGAAGGUUCAGAACCUAAAGAUUAAUUAAAAUAUUGUAGGAAUACAUGGAAGCUUAGUUAGAGAAGGUUCAGAACCUAAAGAUUAAUUAAAAUAUUGUAGGAAUACAUGGAAGCUUAGUUAGAGAAGGUUCAGAACCUAAAGAUUAAUUAAAAUAUUGUAGGAAUACAUGGAAGCUUAGUUAGAGAAGGUUCAGAACCUAAAGAUUAAUUAAAAUAUUGUAGGAAUACAUGGAAGCUUAGUUAGAGAAGGUUCAGAACCUAAAGAUUAAUUAAAAUAUUGUAGGAAUACAUGGAAGCUUAGUUAGAGAAGGUUCAGAACCUAAAGAUUAAUUAAAAUAUUGUAGGAAUACAUGGAAGCUUAGUUAGAGAAGGUUCAGAACCUAAAGAUUAAUUAAAAUAUUGUAGGAAUACAUGGAAGCUUAGUUAGAGAAGGUUCAGAACCUAAAGAUUAAUUAAAAUAUUGUAGGAAUACAUGGAAGCUUAGUUAGAGAAGGUUCAGAACCUAAAGAUUAAUUAAAAUAUUGUAGGAAUACAUGGAAGCUUAGUUAGAGAAGGUUCAGAACCUAAAGAUUAAUUAAAAUAUUGUAGGAAUACAUGGAAGCUUAGUUAGAGAAGGUUCAGAACCUAAAGAUUAAUUAAAAUAUUGUAGGAAUACAUGGAAGCUUAGUUAGAGAAGGUUCAGAACCUAAAGAUUAAUUAAAAUAUUGUAGGAAUACAUGGAAGCUUAGUUAGAGAAGGUUCAGAACCUAAAGAUUAAUUAAAAUAUUGUAGGAAUACAUGGAAGCUUAGUUAGAGAAGGUUCAGAACCUAAAGAUUAAUUAAAAUAUUGUAGGAAUACAUGGAAGCUUAGUUAGAGAAGGUUCAGAACCUAAAGAUUAAUUAAAAUAUUGUAGGAAUACAUGGAAGCUUAGUUAGAGAAGGUUCAGAACCUAAAGAUUAAUUAAAAUAUUGUAGGAAUACAUGGAAGCUUAGUUAGAGAAGGUUCAGAACAUAAAGAUUAAUUAAAAUAUUGUAGGAAUACAUGGAAGCUUAGUUAGAGAAGGUUCAGAACAUAAAGAUUAAUUAAAAUAUUGUAGGAAUACAUGGAAGCUUAGUUAGAGAAGGUUCAGAACCUAAAGAUUAAUUAAAAUAUUGUAGGAAUACAUGGAAGCUUAGUUAGAGAAGGUUCAGAACCUAAAGAUUAAUUAAAAUAUUGUAGGAAUACAUGGAAGCUUAGUUAGAGAAGGUUCAGAACCUAAAGAUUAAUUAAAAUAUUGUAGGAAUACAUGGAAGCUUAGUUAGAGAAGGUUCAGAACCUAAAGAUUAAUUAAAAUAUUGUAGGAAUACAUGGAAGCUUAGUUAGAGAAGGUUCAGAACCUAAAGAUUAAUUAAAAUAUUGUAGGAAUACAUGGAAGCUUAGUUAGAGAAGGUUCAGAACCUAAAGAUUAAUUAAAAUAUUGUAGGAAUACAUGGAAGCUUAGUUAGAGAAGGUUCAGAACCUAAAGAUUAAUUAAAAUAUUGUAGGAAUACAUGGAAGCUUAGUUAGAGAAGGUUCAGAACCUAAAGAUUAAUUAAAAUAUUGUAGGAAUACAUGGAAGCUUAGUUAGAGAAGGUUCAGAACCUAAAGAUUAAUUAAAAUAUUGUAGGAAUACAUGGAAGCUUAGUUAGAGAAGGUUCAGAACCUAAAGAUUAAUUAAAAUAUUGUAGGAAUACAUGGAAGCUUAGUUAGAGAAGGUUCAGAACCUAAAGAUUAAUUAAAAUAUUGUAGGAAUACAUGGAAGCUUAGUUAGAGAAGGUUCAGAACCUAAAGAUUAAUUAAAAUAUUGUAGGAAUACAUGGAAGCUUAGUUAGAGAAGGUUCAGAACCUAAAGAUUAAUUAAAAUAUUGUAGGAAUACAUGGAAGCUUAGUUAGAGAAGGUUCAGAACCUAAAGAUUAAUUAAAAUAUUGUAGGAAUACAUGGAAGCUUAGUUAGAGAAGGUUCAGAACCUAAAGAUUAAUUAAAAUAUUGUAGGAAUACAUGGAAGCUUAGUUAGAGAAGGUUCAGAACCUAAAGAUUAAUUAAAAUAUUGUAGGAAUACAUGGAAGCUUAGUUAGAGAAGGUUCAGUGUUUAAUACCUUUCAUUUGAGAACUUUUUUCUUGUGUGGCAUUUACUCGUUUGAUAUCUAAUUUUUGUGUGUGUAUUAUCCAGGUGUUGAGGAGGCGUUUGCAAUGACAUCCAAAGUGAUGACGGUUUCAUUUCACAAACAUGCUCUGGGAUUUUUCCCUGGUCAGCCUUUUUCAUAUUUUAUUAGCUGCUCGUACGAUCUAAUUAAACUCUCAGAUUUGAUUUUUUUCGUAACCCCAUUCUUAGGACCCAUUGUCUUUCAUAAUUGUAGGACACAUGACGGUCAAAUUUUUUUUAUAUUUGAUGCGAAAUGGUUGUUGCAAAGACUUGUAAGCUAAGUUGUCAUUUACUUGUCUUCGUAGGCACUGGCAGGGUCGAAGACAUUGGAACUGGACGGGGCAAGUUUUAUGCAGUUAAUGUUCCACUGAUGGAUGGGAUUACGGAUGCUCAAUUUUUCACUAUAUUUCACAGGUAAGUAGCAUUAAUGUAACACUGAAUUACUUUGGCUUAAUAAUUUUUUUAUUUGUACUGGUUUGUCUAAUUAUUUAUAAGAGCUUGUUAUAGCUCGCCAGACAUUAGCGACGGCAAUGCAUGGACAUCCGAUCUGCCAAAGUUAAUUGUCAAAACAUGCGUUCAGUUAAACAGACCUUCUAAGAAUCCCAAUUAGUGCUAACUCACUCCCUCCCCACAGGUUAGCCCCUCAAACUUUUUUUCACGCCCCUGAACUAUUUUGAUAUUUUUAUUUUAUGCCUCACCCCCUUUUACAUGGCAGGUUUAUUAAGUCAUAUUAAAGUGGGACCAUGUCUGCACAACAAAAAAAAAAUGUUGUGGUAUUUUUAAGAAUCUCAAUUUUCGCAGUUAUCGAGAAUUUUACACCAUACGUACCUAGAGAAUUAUAUUGAUUGAUUUAUACUUGAUUAUUAUUUAAAUCUUUACUUCAAAUUAUAUUGCAAUCCAAAAACAUUAUUUUAAUUUUCUAAAUAAAUUUUAACAACUGUUUUACUUGACGUUUAUUUCAUCGGAAUGCUGAUAGUGUGAUGAAACUGGUGAAAGAGAAGUUCGAAGCCCAGGCUCUUGUCAUCCAAUGUGGUGCAGACAGCCUGUCCGAAGACACUAUGGCUUCCUUCAACCUGACACACCUUGGGAUAGCCAGAUCUGUCUGUUUUUUGCUGACCUGGAAUCUACCCACUAUCAUUCUGGGAGGUGGUAGGUAUUUGAAAAUUACAGUUUUAACAAAAUAACUGUCAUAUUGGCAGAAGAUCGGCGGUGGAACACCUUUCUGUGGUGUCACGACAAGCUAACAAAAUUGUCAUUAGCAAUGCCAAUGAUUUGAUGUAUAUUGGUUAAGGGGAAAUAACUUUACAUAAAUGAGAUUGCUUCCUAAUUCCGUUACCAUCUGGGAUUUUUGUGUGAUUAAUUGGGUGUGAAUUUUCCCCACAUUUAUAUGACUGCCAUAAUGUCUGAUGCUGGAGAGGUUUCACCCCCCCUCUAGAUUGCAAAAUCAACAUGGAAUUUUUUUUAUUGCAAUCAUUUCAAAUGGAAUUAAAUGAGGACAAUGAUUUCAGAGAUGUACCGCAAGCUAGAAAUGACAGCAUCAGCUCUAGUGGUGUUGGCGACUUAAGAGAUAGAUAUGGACGGCUUAAUCCUGAAGUGUCAAAGUGUCCUCUUUUUAUAGCCAUUUUCAUUGUUUCUAUAGAAUAGUAGUUACUAUCCUAGUGUCUCAUUUUUAUUUUACUUAGUUUACAUGUUUUAAUAAUUGUAAAGCGCUUAGAGCUUUAUGAUAAGCGCUAUAUAAAAAUGCCUAAAUAAAUAAAUAAAUAAAUAUGGACAAUUUUAGUUAUAAGCUUAGUCCUUAUGUUACAGACGAGUUCAUUUGGGAAGAGGUAGGAAAUCAAACAGGAAUGACAAAUGAUUGGAUCCCAAAGACCUACCCUUAAGAGAUUCAAACACAUUUAUGUUUGUGUAUGUUCAGGAGUAUUAAUAAAUAAAAAAUGGAUUUAAUAACUUCAAUUGAAAAGGAAUUUUUUAACUCAUUUUGUGCCUUCCCUCCUUGUAUUUUGUACGACAGAAAUUUGAAGGUAGUCAAUGAAACAAUUCACCAAUAUCACAAUUUUUCACAAAAGUUCCUAUAACUUGACAUGUUCUGAAAGAAUAUUGCUUCUAGUAUCUCAAAAAACAUGAUUUUAUGACAGUUUGAACAAUUUAUGGAGUAUUUAGACUGGGUUCAAUUCAGAAGUUGAGUACUAACAUUUAACUCACUUUGUAAAGGUCAAGCUUUAACUUCAACAUACACAAUAUAAAAACAAAUUCUUUUUGCACCGUAAGAUACCUUGUCCAAUGUACUUUCAAAAAAUGUAUACUUGUCAUUUAGUAUGGGAUUUUGUCUUCUUUUGACAAGCACAUGAAAAUGUAAAAAUUGCUUGGCACUACCAAACAAUGCAUUUGGCCAUGGUAAGGUUAACGACCUAGAAAACAAUUACUGACAUAAUGCAGAAAACUCUAAAAAUAAAUUUGAUUUCUUUUGUGCAGUAAAUUUACUGUCAACUGAUAGGAAAUUUGACCUCAUCAAAUAAGACAUUUGUCUUUGUCAAAUAAGAUAUUUGACCUCAUCAAAUAAGAUAUUUGGCCUUGUCAAAUAAGAUAUUUGACCCCGUGAGUUGUCAAAUAAGACAUUUGACCUCAUAAUUUACUUCUUCCUCUCUGCAGGCGGCUACAACUUCUCCUCCACAUCUAAAUGUUGGGCAUUCAUCACAGCGCUGGCUGCCAAGCUGAAGCUUCCUGCGGACAUUCCUGAACAUGAGGCAAGUGGUGCAACACAUUUUUUAAUUCUAGAAAUGACUUUUUUUUUUACACCUAACCCAUAAAUAAGUUGAGAAACAAGGAGUUCAAUUAGUGCUACCAAAUUUUUUUUCCUCAUCCCUGCCCCUGUGUGGGGAAACCCGUUUGGUGUCAUUGCAUGUUGUUUAUUUAGGGGCUAUUCCAACUACCGUUUUAUUUAAGUUCAUUUAAUAAAUGUUUUUAAUCCUUCAUAUUAACUUCGCUUCUGUCCAUGUGUUUCUUUCUUUCUGGCUGGGUGUGGGGCUAACCCCUUUCCCGUCAACCUAUCGAGCUGAAACUCGACACAUAAACCCGUUGCCGAUGACAACACGUUUUAUCAAAUUUUCAGCCCAACUCUCAAAAAUCAAUUUUUCCUUUUUUUCAAGGGGAAGAUGAAGGAAAUAUGAUGCCAAUGAUUUCACACAAAAAAAUUCUACAUAACUGCGCUAAAUAAGAUUAUUAAAAAUAUCAUUUAGAGCGUAAUAUUUCCUUUUGUUUUUCUGAAAUAGUUGGCAAGAUAAAUCUGCGGUGUAAAAGUGGGUGGUACAUUAGAAUUUUACUGUAAAACUUUGUUUUCAGGGGUGGUUCAAAUACAGAUAAAUAUGAAUGAUGUCACAACAUGAAUCACUUUUUAAAUUAAUGUUUUUUUGUUUGGAUGUGUUUUUAUUUGUCUCUGUGUAGUUUGAAGGUUAGUCAUUUCAUUUUCCAGCAUUUUUUGAAGUACGGCCCUGGCUAUGAUUUAAGCGUGUCACUGUCAAACAGAAGAGACUACAACAGCAAAGAAUAUCUCUCAAGCGUGUUGUCAAAGAUAUCAGGUAAGCUUUGGUGUGUAUGGUGA